AUGUCCGGUGGUAAAGGUGGUAAAGCAGGUUCUGCUGCUAAGGCUUCUCAAUCAAGAUCUGCUAAGGCUGGUCUAACUUUCCCAGUUGGUAGAGUUCACAGACUUCUAAGAAGAGGUAACUACGCUCAAAGAAUUGGUUCUGGUGCUCCAGUCUACUUAACUGCUGUCUUAGAAUAUUUAGCUGCUGAAAUUUUAGAAUUAGCUGGUAACGCCGCUAGAGACAACAAGAAGUCCAGAAUUAUUCCAAGACAUUUACAAUUAGCCAUCAGAAAUGAUGACGAAUUAAACAAGUUGCUAGGUAACGUUACUAUCGCUCAAGGUGGUGUUUUGCCAAACAUUCACCAAAACUUGUUGCCAAAGAAGUCUUCCAAGCCAAAGGCUUCUCAAGAGUUAUAA